GGGCGCAGUCGGAGGAUGGCCGCGGCCGCGGCGGGUGGAGCCCCGGGCCCGGCCCCCGGCCCCACCAAGGCCCCGCCGCCCGCCAGUCCAGGCUCCGGGCCCGCCGUCAGGGCCCCGCUGCAGGCGCUGCGGAGGCGCGGAGACUCGCGGCGCCGCCAGGCCGCGCUCUUCUUUCUCAAUAACAUCUCCCUGGACGGACGGCCCCCCAGCCUGGGCCUGGGCGGCGAGAAGCCCUCGCCGCCGCCGCCGCCGCCCGCCGAGGCCCGUGAGCUGCCGCCGCCGCCGCCGCCGCCGCCGCCGCCGGGGCCCCUGGGGCCCGAGCCCGCGCCCCCGGCCGGCCUGCCGGGGCUGCCCGCUGGCCGGGCCUCGGCGCCCCAGGGCCUGCUCAGUCCCGCGCCCGCGCCCGCGCCCGCCAGCCUGGGACUGGGACUGGGGCUGGAAGGGCAGCGCCAGAGGAGGCGUGUCACCUCCCAGCGCUGCUCCCUGGAGUUUCUGGAAGACACGGUGGGAUGUGCCUCGGGUCAAAGAGCUAAACACAUAUCCGGAUCCCCAAGACACAAGGGCCUGAAGAAGAUGCACUUCAUCCGGAACAUGCGGCAGUAUGACACCAGGAGCAGCAGAAUUGUGCUGAUUUGCGCCAAGCGGUCCCUGUGUGCAGCCUUCUCUGUCCUGCCCUAUGGAGAAGGCCUGCGGGUCAGUGACCUGAGGGUGGACAGCCAGAAGCAGAGGCACCCAUCUGGUGGCGUUUCCGUCUCUUCAGAGAUGGUCUUUGAGCUGGAAGGUGUGGAGCUGGGAGCUGAUGGAAAGGUUGUGUCCUAUGCCAAGUUCCUGUACCCUACCAACGCCCUGGUCGCACACAAGACCGACGGCCACAGCCUGCCGCCCCAGGCCCGGCCCAGCAUCCCCCGGGCUCUGCUAGGGCCAAGACACAAACCUGCCCCCACGAAGCCAGCACCAGCCGGCCCAGAGCUAGGGAGUGACGGGGGAGAUGCCCUGGAAUACGACCCUAACCUCCUAGACGACCCCCAGUGGCCCUGCGGCAAGCACAAGCGGGUCCUCAUCUUUGCGUCCUACAUGACCACGGUGAUAGAGUACGUGAAGCCCUCUGACCUCAAGAAGGACAUGAAUGAGACCUUCCGGGAGAAGCUCCCGCACAUCAAGCUGACGCUGAGCAAGAUCAGGAGUCUGAAGCGGGAGAUGCGGAACCUGUCUGAGGAGUGCAGCCUGGAGCCCGUGACGGUGUCCAUGGCCUACGUGUACUUCGAGAAGCUUGUCCUCCAGGGCAAGCUCACCAAGCAGAACCGCAAGCUGUGCGCCGGCGCCUGCGUGCUUCUUGCCGCCAAGAUCAGCAGUGACCUCCGCAGGGGGGAAGUGAAGCAGCUCAUCGAUAAGUUAGAAGAAAGGUUUCGGUUCAACAGACGGGACCUCAUCGGGUUCGAGUUCACGGUGCUCGUGGCCUUGGAGCUUGCACUCUACCUUCCCGAGAACCAGAUGGAGAAACUCAGCACUGUGGAAUGCAUGCCCCCAGCCUGCCCCUUGGCCUGCUCCCUCCCAGCCCAGCCAGACCCCUGGGUUGCCACCGCAGCACCCCAACGGGCCGUCCACAGGCAGGGCAGUGGCAUCAGGUUCAGCCAAAUCAACUCCGGGUUGAUUCUCUUCGCUCUUGGACCUCUGUACUGUGUAUUGUGUCACUGUGAAAUCCUGAUGUCGCCAUGCACACCAACAGGCUCCUCGGCAGGGCACCAGCCUGCCCAAGAGGCCUGUCCUCCACCCCUCCCACAGGAAAGCUGCCUUCCUGCAGCACUGGACUGUCAGCGUGACUGGAUUGCUUGCUCUUGAUCUUUAUAAGCAAUACUUGGAGAAAAACAGCAUAUUGUCAUUUGGGAUUUGAUUCUGUGGGUUUUUUAAGGGUACAAAACCUGGUCAAAUCAGGUCUGCUUAAGUUGUGGCCUGAAACCACACUUAACCCGAGCAGGGAUACUGACCACAGCCGCCACACCAACCGUCUCCCUAGGAGACUCAGUGUCCACGCCUUUUUCUUCCUAGGCAGGAAGUAGAAGCUGGCAGUCGGUCUGGCCACUACAGCCUGUAGCCAUCACUUCUGUGCCCAGCCCAUCAGGCUUGCUCAGCUUUCCCAGGUUUGUGUGUUUCCUGCACGAAUUGUGUUGUGCAGUUGUCCAGCUUGUCACUCCAUCAGAACACUUAGCCACCAAGGACUGUUUUCCUGUUAGUCAGAUGAUCUUGAAAAUGACCGUGUUGGCUGGGCCAUGAAGCUGCUUCCCUACCACUGUCCUGCAAACAUCACUGCAGGGCUCUGGGACCGCCUCGCGCUGUACUGUCCAUGCAGACUGGUGUCUUCACAGAAAGGAGCCCCCAGUCCUGCUCAUCACAGCCGACACACCAGCACACUGCCUGGGCUGCCCUUAUCGUGGGAUACUUCCCUGUCCUCGCCUAGAUGGCCCCUCCCCCCCACGUGUGUCUGCGGUGGAACACAUGCUGCUAGGGCCCCAGGCAACUCUUGAAAGCCACCUGUCCUGCCCCCUCAGCAUCUCAAAGAUUCUUCUCUUGUUAAAAACACUGCAAGGGACUGACUGCCAGGAUAUCCUGGUUUCCAGCUUAGCUUCAAGUCACCUCUCCUGAGGAAAUUCUGUAGGUGUUGGAGGGACAGCUGAUAGUGACUUAAGUGUGCAUAUUCAGUUCAUAUUUACCAAACUUAUUUGUAGCCUUCCCACAUUCUUUUAAAAGAUGUCAAGGCUGCCACUGUGGUGCUCCAAUCACUGCAGCAAAGCCAGUAUUUAAGCCAAACUUCAGCCAAACCUCAUCCUCUAGAAUAGGCCCAGACAACAGGGGCAUCCAGGGCCCAGUGCCACCCACUCAGUACCACAGUUGUGGAUUUAUGUGUGUGAGCCACUCCGACCUCAAUGUCAGUCGUUUAUAUCAUGUGUCUGCAGUACUGUGUGCUUUUAAGUAAAAUGUGGUUUUGCAACAAA